UAGAAAACUCGUGAUAUGACACAUUGCCGAAUGAUGUAAAAUUCUCCUUUGCUGAAACUCGAACGAACAUAUGUUAAACGGUUUUGAUUGUAACUCGGCAUUUAAUGGUGAUACAAUAUAGGGGUUUAACCAAUCGGACCAUAACGUUAGUGACGCUCGGACUAGAAAAAGUAAAAUCUGUAAUUGAAUGAAUUCGGGUAACAGUGUGUGACGUAACAGAUGCUCAUAUGACAAUAGACGAGCAUACAAUAACGUGUUAAGAAUAAACACAUUUUAACUAAUUUUAAUCAUCAUUACGUCACCAGCGAUGAAGAAUGCCAACUCGCUCUCAAUCAAACACGCCCCAGUGUGAAAUCGAACUAGGGGUCAUUUCCGGGAAGUAUUGGCAGACGACACCGGAUAAGAUGGGCGUGAAAGGGAUGCGCGUGGUUUCCUUGGUAAUCGGCUGCCUAGGAAUGGCCAUUGCGGGAUCUAUUUACGCGUUUAACGCGUACGCAAAUGCCGUCAAGCAGACGUUUAAGUAUAGCCAAUCGGACAUUGAGAUGUUCGCAUCCAUGGGCAACUUUGGAAUUUCAUUCGGGUUUCCAGCGGGUUUCCUAGCAGAGAAAGCAGGUGCUCGUGUGACAUCAAUAGCUGCUAUGUGCGUAUCAACAGGCGGCUUUAUGUUGCUAUGGUCCACCCGAUUCAGUGUGGAUUUCUAUCAUAGUCACGCAUGGCUUCAGUAUAUUUUCUUCUUUAUUGCCGGUUUUGGAGCCAUCCUCAUGUACAUGGCGUCGCUAACAACCAACAUGAAUAAUUUCCAUCCGAAACACCGCGGGAAGGUCAUAGGUCUUCUUGACGCUUCUUUUAGCGCUGGCCCGGCCCUGAUCUCUCUUCUUUAUGGAGUUUUGUUUAAACAUGGCCACGAAACGGACGAGCAGAACCAGGAUUUGAAAGGGUUUUAUCUGACGUCAGCGAUUAGCUUUGGUGUAAUUGGUCUGUUGGGCGUGUUUUUAUUGAAGAAUGUGCCAUAUAUUGAGAAUGAGGAGCAGUUUAAGGAUAUGACGCAUGUGGAUAAUGAAAACGUAUCGAACGUUCCGCCAAGGGAGGGCGAUUUGACGGGGCUGAAACUUUUUAAAAACUGGGACUUUCAGUUCUUGUUCUGGGGGUACAUUUUCUGCGCGGGCCUCCAACUGACGUUUCAAACAAACAUUACGGCUUACCUGAAAUCCUACAGACUUGAACACUACAGUACUCUUUUCACAACACUGAAUCCAAUUUUUGGAGUGAUUUCAAAAUUUAUCGCUGGAUUUUUAUCCGACGCCUUAGUUCACAAAGUCCCACGAAUCGCAGUUUUAUUCGCCUUCAAUAUCUUUCAAACAACUGUGAUGACAAUAUGCAUAUUUUGGUCAAACAACCUUUCAGUGUUGGUCCUUGCACUUAUUGGAAUAGGAAUGCCAAACGGGGCGCUCUGGUGCCUUACCCCUACGAUGCUGAGCGAAUUUUACGGGAUGAAAUAUUUCGGCCGGAACUGGGGUAUGAUAAUGAUAGGAAAUGCGUUCGGGGGCUUGCUUUUCCAACGGGUUUUUGGCUGGAUUUACGACAGCAGUAUUGGGUUUACGGGACAAACUGUCUGUCACGGACUGAAGUGUUUUACUUGGAGUUUCACCAUGAUGGCGGUGUUGAGUGCCUGCGCCACUUUGUUUAACGCUGGGAUAUUAGAAUCGGAAUUAAAACGAUACAAAGAGACAAAGAAAUACAAGAACAUGAAUGACCAGUCGGCUGGCUAGAUAUAAAACGCAAUUCAAUUUUCAUAUCUUUUUUUUUUACUUGUUAUUUUUAGUGCAAUAAAUAUGUGUUCUGUGAUAUACAAAUUUAUUUCGAGGCUCCACUCCUAUUUAAAGUUAAAAACAAACAUGGUAAUUAUUUUGAGAUUAUUACUGUUCAUGUUUUAA